AUGAAAAUCCUAGUAUAUUUAAUUUACUUUCACGUGUUCAUAAAUACAUAUAUUUUUCUUAGACCUUCUAAGGGCAAAAAUAUACCAAAAAAAAAUAGCUUAAACGAAAAGAAUGAAACACAUGCUAAAGAUGUGAGUGUGCUAAGUCAAGAAGAACUUCCUAAGGAGGAAGUAGCAAGCGAUGCAAAAAUGUACAAGUGCUUUAUUACUACAAAAAAUAAUGGUAAUAAAAUGGAAACAGGGGAAGGCGGAAGUGAAGUUAAGGAAAUAGUAACUGUGGAAGGGCUACAGCUACAAGCAGGGGAACUAGGAGGAGGAAAGAGGGGCAAGGAAACAGGUGCGCAAGUGGGUACUCAAGAAGGUUUGCAGGGAAGUGUGCAUGGAGGGGCGCAAGGAAUUAAGGGAGAAGCUAUUCAAACAGGAACACAAGGAGCUGGGCAAGGAAGUAAGGGAGAAGCUAUUCAAACAGGAACACAAGGAGCUGGGCAAGGAAGUAAGGGAGAAGCUAUUCAAACAGGAACACAAGGAGCUGGGCAAGGAAGUAAGGGAGAAGCUAUUCAAACAGGAAUACAAGGAGCUGGGCAAGGAAGCAAGGUAGAACGUAUGCAAAGAGGAAUACAAGAAGCUGGGCAAGGAAGCAAGGUAGAACGUGUGCAAAGAGGAAUACAAGAAGCUGGGCAAGGAAGCAAGGUAGAACGUAUGCAAAGAGGAAUACAAGAAGCUGAACAAGGAAAAAAGGUAGAACGUAUGCAAAGAGGAAUACAAGAAGCUGGACAAGGAAAAAAGGGAGACAAGGAGGAAGACGCGCAAGAAGGUAAUGAAGAAGAUGCGCAAGGAAAUGAGGAAGGAGUUGAUGAGGUGGAUGAAGGGGAAAAUGAAGACGGUGGUGAGGGGAUAGAUGAAACAUACGACGAACAGUUGGAGGCAGAGGAGGGGGAUAGAGAAAUUGCUGACAAGGAAGAGGUAGAUAUGGAAGCAGCUUAUAUAGAACAGCAGGAGUUGAACGAAAUGAAAGAAGCGAAAUCUAAGGUGGUGGACUCUGAAGAUUUAAGUAACGACACAAACGGAAAUGGUAGCAACGGGUAUUCCACUAGCGUAGGAAGUAAUGGUGAAAGUAGCAAAGAAAGUAUCAACAGACGCAGUAACAGACAGAGAAAAAGACAAAGGAAUAGAAGAAGAAAUAGGAAAAGAAAUAGGCGCAGAAAUAGAAGCAAUAGUAAACGUAAUAACAAUGCGUCAUCCUAUAAAAUAAAAAAGAAUAUAUUAGAGGGUAAAAAGAGUAUCAAUGGAACAAGUAAUUUAAGAGAUAUUGAAAAUCAUAGGUAUACAAAUGUAGUAAACAAUAAAAACGAGUACACUUCGAUGGAUAGUAACGAAGCAAUAUAUGAAGAAAGAAAACAAAAAAUUUUACUAAUCCAUUUGCUAAAAAAUAUAAAAGAUCUCUUGUAUAGACAAAAGAAAAAUUUUAAUAAUUUCUUGUCAUUCCUAAGUGAAAAUUAUGCAAGCUACGAAAAAUUUAACUCCGUCAGAAAAAAUGUUAAUUUUAUAAAUAGUGGACGCUACAAUAGCGGUGGUAGUUAUAGUAGUGAUAAGAGAAAUGUGGGAAACACACAACAGGUAGGGGAAACAGGAGACGACUACCUGUCGGAAUCCUUCCUCAGCUUGAGUGAUAAGCAGUACACGAAAAAAAAUGGUAUGAGCAAUGUGUCCGUUAAAAAUGUUGGUAAUAAGUACAAGAAUGAAAGUGAAACGUUAAAAAGUGAAAUUUAUGACUCGAGGGAGCUAGAGGAAGAGGAAAACGACCAAGUUGAUGAUAAAAAGGAAGACGAUAUACAAGACGACGAAAGUAAUGAUGAUGUAUAUGAUAAGAAAAAGGAUCCCAAGAAAUUUGGACAAAUAAAAGAAAUGCUUCAAAAAGUUUUAGAAAUAAAAGAUUUAACAGAUAAGCAAAAGGAGUAUUUAAAAGUAAUUAUAAAAGUAUUAGAACUAGAAGAUGAUUUAUUAAAUAAGGAAAAAUUACAAUUAGAAUUAGAUAAAAAUAUCAUCAACUUAUUAAUGGGUAAAUCAAAUGAGCUAAGAAAUAUUGCUGUGCAAUUAAGUAAAGAAAAAGGGGAAAACGAAGGUUCACAACGAGUAGAUUUAGCUCAGAAUAUUGUUUCUAAUUUAUUAAAUUUUUCUGUUGAAUUAAAGAAUACAGGUAAUAUUGUUUAUAAUAAUAUGCAAGGACAAGGAGAAAUGCUACAAAAUGUGGAAAAAAAUAUACACAAAGCGGAGGAGCAGUUGAAAAAUGUGCGCGUGCACACUGAAUAUAGGAAUAGGGAUACCCCGAAGGAAGACCCGAGUGAUGACCAUCCGAGCGAUGAUGAUAAUCCCAGUAAUGACAACUCAAGUGAUGACAAUCCAAAUGAUAAUAACACUGAUGGAGUCAAGGCAAUCAUUGACAAUAAAGACUUUAUACAGUACUGUAAUGAGAAUGAUGAAAUUUGCAAAAAAUCAUACUCCCCUUUAAAAAAUACAAAGGGGGGUCAGUACUACGGAUCAACUACUUACACUGUUAACACGCCAUAUAAUUAUAAAAAAUUUAAACUGAACGAAUCAAUGAAAAAUCAUUUUUUCAACAUAUUCGUUAAGGAAUCAGCCAUGUUAAAGAAAUUGUACAAGUUGCUAUAUGAACUUUUUUAA